AUGCUAAUGCUAACGUUUAUUUUGUUAAUUCUGACAAUAUUUUCAUCUUGUUCCUCUGGAAUAAUUGACGAACGAAAAUGUAUACACAAAGACAAUGUAACGGUGACUUGUAACCAUAUUCCUGUGGAUAUCCUACCUAGGAUUUCAAAGGUUCGCAUCGCUGAUAUUCACUUCGUUACAGAUAAAGUGCCGGUGAUUAUCAAUCAGAUCAAUUUCACGUCGAGGAGUUGGUCUCGAGUCGAAUAUCUUGAAAUAAACGAUCUUGAACAAGGUUUUAAUGGAAAUUGGCGCUUCGAAGACAACUGUUUUGGCAGUCUGAAAGCCUUAAAAGAAUUACACAUACAUAUUCUGUAUUUGAAGAUAUUUGAAGGUACGUUUAUUGGACUAAAUAAGGUUACAGUACUUGAUUUGAGUGAUUGUGCCCGCCUGAAAAGAAAUAUAUUGCUACCAGCUCUAAAUGGGACAUAUAAACUUCCUAAACUUCAGAAACUCUUGUUGCGUAACUGGAACUCGUACAACCUUCCUUACGGUUUCGAUGAAACCUUUGUUCAAACACUGCUUCCAAGGAAAGUAACACAUCUUGACAUCAGCAGCACACAUAUAUCAUUAUUGAAUUAUAGUUCCAUCUUCAAAAAUCUAAGGUUUUUGGAAAUAAUAAAUAUUUCAUAUGCGAAUAUUGAGGAGGUGCUCUACAGAGAACCGGAAGUAAAUGGGCCGGAAGUAAAUGGUGACGAAAUGAAGCACGUCCGGGUAUUCGAUUUAAGCUAUCCGACAUUGCCAAGACAAUUCAUGUCGUUUGUGCCAGCAGUUCUUUCACUGUCAAAUAUAAAUAUCAAUUUUUCUAGAUUAGAGGGUGAUUUCGAUGCUUUCUUAUCUACAGCAGAAUCGUUUAAUUUCAGUGGAAUUAUUCCACAGUAUACAUCUAUUUACAUUGAACUUAUGAAAUUGACUAUUGACGUAGAAGUAAAAUGGUCUGUUAAGGACCUUAUCUUACGACAGAAUAAUUUGAAAAGUUUGGAUAUUCAGUGUUUUUGUGAUAAUUACACGUUUUCCUCUAUAGAAGAACUUGAUAUUUCAGACAAUGGUCUGGAAUUUAUACACCCGACUUUCCUCUAUUGUAUGUCAAAUGUAGAAAAAAUAAACUUGGCUAAAAAUCGACUAUUUAAAAUGAGGAAUGGAAACAGAACAGUGUUUGAAAAAUUAUUUCUUGAACUUAACUACCUGAAAUAUAUAACUCUUUCAGCAAAUGGCCUAUACGAUAUUCCCUUCUAUACUUUUACCAAAUGCAGAAAUAUUGAAGUUAUUGACCUUUCUAACAACAGAUUAAAUCAGGUAACAUUCAUACUUAACGGCCUAGAGCGUCUUCAGAUUUUAGACCUGCAAAACAAUCGCAUCAAAAUGCUUGAUAAGAUAUCUAUAAAUCGUUUGAACUUUCUCUGGGCAGGCAACAAGUCAAAUGAAUUCAAAGCAAUCAUAGUAUUACGUUCAAAUCCGUUAUCGUGUUCCGACUGUUCAACGAAAUCAUUUAUUAAAUGGCUUACAUCACAAAUGUCUUCUGCAUUAGUGAAACAAAAUUUAACCUGCACUAGUGAAAAUGAAAACAAAGAAAUUAUCACUGAACAGACACGCUCCAUUGUACAGAAAAUUUGCGAUAGAGAAGCAAUGAUUAUUUCCUCGGCUGUUUCUACAGCAGGACUUGUAUCAGUCGUCAUCAUUCUUGCUUAA